AUAAGUUCCUCCAAAUACGAUAAACGUUUCUUUCACGCCAUCUACCUGCCACGCCGAAACUAAUUCUUACGUUAAUUGUAGUUAAUGACUCUUGCGAUUAGUCACCAAUACUUCUUCGAUGAGACACCCUAUUAUUCUGUAAGCUUAAUCAUUCCACUUUCCCCAAGUACAAUUAGACGUUUUUACGGGCAGUUGUUUCAUGUUGAUUAUCUCUCGUUUGAUUGUGGUAUUCCAAUUAAUUCUUUUAACGUAGUUUAUCUACGUUAAGUGUAAUCUAGAUAUUUUUCAGUUAUUGAUAUGCCAUUGGAGAAGUAUUUAGUUUACCUGUAAUUUGUUAGUUAUGGUCAGGCAAAAUUGUUUCCAUAAGUCAGAGGAGGCUACAGUUGUAGUUCCUUUAAGGCGAAGAUUAGGGAAUUCGACUAGUGUAGAUAGGUUUUCUAAAUAUGGUUUUGAUGGAUAUUACUUUGAAGAUAAAUCAUGGGGUAAUAUGUGCAAUGAUUGUAUGGCCAGAGUGCCAUACGCUACGCUUAUUGCAACAAUAAUGUGCUGCUUAGGGGUUGGUAUAUUUUGUGGAACGAUGUAUAAGGGUGCCACACUUUCUGCACUAAUGAUGGAUCAGGUAUUCCACUUACGUCUGGGAUGGCUAGAAGCAGUACAACUGAUAUUUGCCACCGUCGGUGCAAGUAUGGCAGCUUUAGGAUUCAUGAUAUUGUGCGUAGGAUGUCUGGCUACAGGAGCUACUAGACACAAAGUAUAUCGAGCUUGGCGAUCUAGAGUUGGUGGCCGUAUUUCUUGUGCUGUUUUCAUGACAAUCACAUAUAUACUACAAUUAGCCUGGCUCUUAAUAUUUGCAUUCCUCGUCAUAACAACACUCAUCUUUACGAUCUUCUGGGGUUUGUGCAGUAAUCCUCGUGUUCAGUCCCUUGACCAGUGUAUCGAUUUCACGCAAUUUGAUUUCAUGUUCCCAAAUAAUACAAGGACUGAAGAUAUGAAAGUAUGUGGUUCGCAAGAAGUGAAAUUAUUCUGCAAAGAUUACGUUGAGAAAGCGGAGAUGAUGUUCAUUUUGGCGACAGUAGCUUCUAUGUUAGUUGUUCUCAGCCUAAUCCAUUACUUGAUGUGCCUCUCGGCGAAUUAUGCGCAUAUUCGUGAUCACGAAAAAUUUCAAGAACUACAAGAGCUUCAGUAUCUCCAAGAUCCUGGUGAUCCAGACUCACCACAACCAGGAAUAGGAACCUUGGGAUCUCAUCAUCGUGCUAAGGAUAGAUAUUAGAAUGCACUUCGUAAGAUUUUCGUUAUGAAUUCGUUAUAAAGAAUGAAUUCAGGCUCAUGGAUGUUCAUCAGGAAUAUUCAUCAGGCUUGAAAGGAUUGUCUUGAAAUGUUGGGUGUCAUUCGAUAUCACAUAUUUACCUUUAUAUACAUACAUUCCUUCUAAGCUCUAUUCAUUUAUCACUAACCACCGCAGCAGUUCAUGUAAGAAAGGAUCUUGCGGGAACACUCUAUGCCGUCCACAAACUGCGACUAUCAUAUAAAAUAUUUACAUUAUAGUAUUAAGAAAGAUAAUGCACAUUAGACAUUGUGUGAUCGUUAAAUAUCAUUGUUAAAACGAUUACAUACUAGUAUUAAUCUUUAAAUGUAGAUUUCUUGAAUUUACUUGCAGUGUGGAAUUUUAUGGACUCAGCACAUACAUAUACAACUCUUAUUCUUACGAGUCUUUUCAACAUCGAGCUAAAUUUCUUAGAAUAUAUUUUUAUUUAUGUAGGGAUUAGUGGAUUUAGGUUCGAUUCCUACUUCCAGUCAGGGGCCAAUUGUACAAAGACGGGACAACACGGUUUACAUCCCUUCUUAAAAAUAUAAGUGAACUUUCGGCUGUAUAAAUUUACAACUAAUUUCGCCUCGACAAUGGCUUUGUACUAUUACAAAAAAGUGUAAAAAUUGACUCAUAUUGAUCUGGUGAUCUAACAACGAAAGAAAUUGAUUUUUAUAGAUUACCACUUUAUAUUUUUACACUUCAUGCCCUUACGGUUCUUCAUUAUGUAGGAUAAUUGAAUGUUCUACAUUGUGCAAAUGUUCGCUAAUGUUGCUGUGUACAUACUGUUAAGUGUGUGCGAUGACAUUGGUUUGAUCCAUAGAAGACCGAUCUUUUAUAUUUGUUUUUAUUUUGGUGUACAGAAAGUUUGUACAUUUAAUCAAUGUACAAAAAUUUUGUAUAUUUAAAUUACACAGACAGCGAUACGCUAUAUUUUUUAUUAAUACGUUGGUAUAAAUAUAUUAUUAAGUCUUUUUAACAUAUUUUUAUGCGAUUUACAUAUAUUUAUCUUUUGUAUUCGGUUUUAUAUGGUAAGCGAAGGACGACAAUGAUAUCUUUGGAACGUUAAUUCAAAAAAGAUAGUUCAUUUAUUCCUUUUACACAGGUGACGUUUUUUAAUACAUACUUUACGUUCCCCUCUUUUUGUAAUUAUUGUAACCUUAAGUAUUGUGUUCUGCAGGUACUUGUCUAUCAUUUUGACAAAUCGUUAAAAAUAUGACAAUUAUUGUCAAUAAUGAAUACGAUUAAGUGUUAAGUCGUUUAAGUAGACGUUAAAGAAAUACAGAAAUAUAUAUAUACAUAUAAAACUCAGAAAGUUUAAGAAAAUGACAACAUAUAGAGAAACUAAAUCGCAAACACAAAGACGCACAAUUAAAGUGUGCCAAACCUAAGUGCAUCUCUAUUCUAUAUAUUAUAGAAUUGUUGAAAAAUUGAUUAUAGUAUUUCAUUCAAAUUAAAAAUGUAAUGUUUUCGUUACUUUGCAUACAAUUUCAUUGCAUUUUGUUUACUUAAAAUUUUUUAUAUGCAGAAAUAUGGAUAAAUGCGAAUAAAAUGUAUCAUUAUAGCCUAUCCAAAAAUAUGUUGCUUUCGCUCUUCUGUGUGUAAGAAAAAAAAUGGUAUUUUAACGUGACAAGAUAUACCAUGUUUAGCGGAAUUGCACUUAGAACUAUCGUCGAUUUAUUUAUAAUUGAAUAUAUAUAUAUAUUUAUGUAUGUAUAUGUAUAAACGUAUGUAUUUAUAUAUAUACAUAUAUUUAAUAUAAUGAAGAACUAACAUAUCGCUAGAUUGACACAUUCCAUCAUUACUGUAAUACAUGCAUUUUUACGCAUGACAAGGAAGCGUCUUUCAAGUCGCUCAAUUCUAGGUACAAAUCCUGAUAAUUGAGUUUAACUUCCAAAACUGUAAUUUGGAUGGUGACUGAGUAAAUAAAAGUAAUCCUUAAGUA